GCGGGGCCCGUGCCCGCGGCUGCGGCGGAGGCCCCUGCGGCCGAGCCUGCCAGCUCCGAGCUCGCGGCGGGGGGCGAGGGGGGCCCGCCGGGCGGAGCCACGGAGGCCUCGCCCGCGGUCGCAGGCUCUGCGUCGGGGGCCGGUGCGACGGCAUCGCCAGGCUCGCCCUCCUGGCCGGCGCCCGGCGCUAUGCCGCCGCCGCCAGGGUCGCUCUCUGGGCCCGCUGCCACAGAGCUGGCGCCGCAGCCCUCUGCACCGCCCCUCCCGAACUACUCGGGGUGCUUCGUCUGGCUGCCCAGCGGGUGCAGAGCUGCUCACCCCUUCGCCGCGCAGCCUCAGUGGAGGCAGGACCGGUGGGGUGAAGCCAACCUGCGCUCCGCUGGCAGCAAGGCAGCGUGCGACGCCCGCAAGAGCGCUUUCGACGGAUGGUGCAGGGUGACGGACGCCGUGAUGGCUCACGUGCCCUCGAGCGCUCAGAGAGUGCCCUCCCAGGGUGUUGUUCCGCAGGGCGCAGGAGUUGAUGGGACGAGCCUCCAGACCGACGUGGGCGUCUCGAGGGCUGCAGGUCCAGCCCGCACGAAGUCGCACGCGGACCAUCCGAGGAGGACGCUGCCCGAGGACGCGCCCCCUCUCCCCGACGGCGCCGGGUGCUACGUGUGGCUGCCCAGCGGGUGCAAAGCGCAGCACGCCCGCGCGGCACGAGUCUGGAUGAGGACCGCACCGUGGACGUCCCCGGCGGGCGCGCGGCGGACGGCAGGGCGGCGUGCGACGCCCGCAGGAGGGGCUUCGAGCAGCUGUGCCAGGUGCAGGACGACGCGGUGGUGGUCCACGUGCCCGCCGAGGGCGAGCGGCCAGGGCGGGCUCACCAGCUCCGCUUCGGCUAGUGGGCCGCCGGCCAGCCUCCUUCGGGGAAGGGUAGGGCCCCAGUCUCACGUCUCUCCGAUCCCUCCUUGUAGGGCGGUCACUCAGCACGGCUCAGCGCGGCUCGGCGGCUGUCGCGGGCGCGCUUCAGGGCGCUGCCUGAGCUCGAGACCAAGCGAAUGUAUCUUUCGCCGGGAUCUUUACGGCUCUUCCGUUGUAGGUUACGCGUGAUCGCAUCUUGUUGCGCGUCCUCCCCACUUCGCUGCCUCAGCGCGCCCGGGCGGUGCGCCCAGAGAGAGCGCUCCCGUGGGCGCGCUGCCCGGGCACGCCGCGUGGGUGCGCUCAGCAGCUUCGCGGAUUUCCGGCGGAUGCAUUUCUGUUCUGUCCCAGUGCGCUUCUCUUCCGUUUCGGCGUCACGGGGGGCCGCUCCCAGGCACCCAGGGCCAUCGAAAGCGCCUCCGCGAGGAGGAAGAAGGCGGGACCUCUGGGGCCCGCGGGUUGAAACGCUGCAUCGUCGGAUGUCUGGGGAGGCCCCCGAGAGGGCUGCAGAGAGCUCUGCAGCCCCGCGGAGGCGUCCGGGUGCCUCGGUGGGCCGAGGCCUCGCGUGCGCACCUGGGCCGUCCUCCCAGGCGCUGCCGCAGUCCCGCGGGGCGAAGCGGAGGCGGGGCGUGAUUGUCGCCCGCAG